UUUAAUUACUGUUAAAGAGUCAAGAACACCUCCCUUCUUGUAUUAAAAAAAAUAGGACUAGGAAAAAAUGGAUGCAGGGAUGCAAGUAGCGCUUCCCAUACUAGGAGUUGUAGCUGCUGCUGCUGCUACUUUCUAUGUUGUAAGCUUUUCUGAGCUUCGAGAGAAAUCAUUUAGAGAUCUGGAAGAGUCUGAGGAUGGAGGGUUUGAGUCAUCUCUAAGCUCAAGAAAAAGGAGAGCAAGAAGAAAGGCUGAGAAAGAAGCCAAGAAGUGAAAGGACAAAGAAAGUCUACAUAUGAAUGAUCUUCUGCUCACUUGCUUUUGUUAAACAUUCUCAUGGAGGUUGAGACUUGGUUUUCAUAUAUAUAUUUCUUGGUAAUUAGAUCAGAAACUUGGUUUUGAAUAGUUGUUGUAAUUGAAAUACCAUCAUAAUCUUAGAACAAAUCCAACAGUUUCAAUUAA